UGCAACUACUGCGACGCCUAACCAGCGUCGCGACGCCCGCACAGUAUACUUUCCACGAUUGUCGCCGUCGGACGUUAUCAGAUAUACCAGAUAUUACACGCCGUAAUUUUGCUCACCGUACGACAAAUGGGUAUGACAAUAACGGAGGAAACAUCACGAAGGAAAAAAGCUCCGAAUGAAUAAAAAAAUUUCAAAACUUCCGAACCUCGACGCGUCCACGAAGCGAUAAUUGCUGUUCGUAAAAAAUGAAAAAGUUCUCAUUCACCGGAACGCGUAAAGCUCAAAAGCGAUCGUAGUUACGAAAACAAAGAAUUUCGGUCCCUGAACAAACGCUAUCGAAUCAGACGAUAAUUAAAAAUUAUCAAAAGUUUUCCACAACCUUUUUUGUUAAUCGCGGCGUUUGAAUUCAGUGCAGUGCUUUUCGCGCGUUUGAUUUUAAAAAUAUUUUAGGAAAGCUCCGGUGUCGAACACCCCGGACUCCGAGUGUUCGCGAACGUUGGAUCGAAACCGGAGUAGUCUUUUUAAUUUCAAACCUGUGAUAGUAAUCAGAUGAUGACGAUGCGUCUGUCGCAGGAGGACAUAAACGGUAUACCCAAUCAGUGGCUGGAAACAAUCGUCCACUAUAUAACGGGUUUUCGAAACGACACCGUUGAUUUUUCACGCCCAUAUUUACGACCUUCGGUGGUCAGAAUUUACCCCUUGUUCGUUCUAAUGUACGCGCUUCUGAUCGUCGGUGGAAUACUUGCAAACUUUGCCAUGGUUUAUCAUAUCGUAAAAUACCGACUCUAUAGGGAUCCAACUUAUGCGUUUCUCAUCAAUAUGGCGAUAGCUGAUGUAAUUGAAUGCAUUUUCGUAUUGCCAAUUUCACUUACCGUAAUGUUGGUGCAGAAUUGGAUCUUCGGAAGGUUUUUAUGCUUCUUCCUUCCCAUGCUACAGGACAUACCUCUGCACGUGUCGAUGAUCACUUACCUCCUGAUAGCGUGGGAUCGUUUUCGAAUGUUAAGCGAUCCAGUGAAGCCGAGGAUACCAGCUUUCGUUUGCGCCCUCGGCGCCUGGUUUUUUGCCGUUUGCAUCGUGCUUCCAUACCCCAUCUACACGACUUACCUCGACCUUGAAAGAUUUAUGAAGGAGCAAUUCAAGGGCGUUGGAAUAUGCGCUGUUAACCUAGCCGACGACAUGCAGGAAUACAUGAGAGGGCUUUUCAUUGGGACAUACGUAGCUCCUCUCGCGGUCACGGCGUAUCUUUACGUCAAAGCGAGCAGAGAACUUCAAACCCAAGAAGGCCCCUUCGCCGUUGCAAUGUUCGAAGCGAGGGCCAGGGAUUCAUAUUCCAGACACGGGAGUCGGGCGAGCAACGACAUCACGACUUCGAGUCGGGGAGACGGGAAAAGGGAGAGCGGCAGUGUGGGAACAGGGGGUACAGUCGGGUUCGCCGGACUCUCCGGAGGUUACGACCUUUACGACGCCGAACUUGAUGUUCGCAAAGAAAAAAGAACGCAAAAAUACCUCAUCUUCAUGGUAUCCGUUUUCGCAAUUUGCCUGUGCCCGCUCAUGGUUCUGAGGUUGGCUAAACUAGCGCUGAUAGAAACGUACGAAAAUAGUGGUCACUUCGACAUCACGUUUACCAUGUUCGUUUGGGUGGCAUUUAUGCCCAUAGUAACAACGCCAGGAUUCUACGCAUCUUGGCAGAUGAGCAGGCCGGCGAAGGAACGUCUUCGUGGUUAUUUUCGGUUUUCGAACCGGCGGAUUCCAAGAGGAUGUGAAGAUGAGGUGAAAAUGUCCCCUCGGCGUACACCUCGGCGACCUCCAGCUGGACUAAUGAACGUUGCUUACACUCAGCACGUACGUACAGGAAAUGUGACCGGAAAUAAUGGGGGUGGCGGAAGUUUGCGGGGUCUUCAUAGUCCAGAUUUAGUCUCUAACUACAGCAUACAAGUAACGAGCCUUGUUGAAUAGUUAAUUAACCGGUGUGAUAUAUCGUUAUUAUUCUUUUCAUUUUUUGAUUUUUUAAUUGUUUAUUAAUCUCCAUUGUGAAAAUUCUGCAUAAUGGAAACCCGACGCUUUACGUCCCCAGAUUAACGGGCUGGUUUUCGACAAAAGCUUACGCGUCAAAAUUGGGAAAUUUGCAUUUCGCUCGACAUUAUAAUUCAAAAUCGAAAAUACCGCAAUUUUGAAAAGUUCCAGGAUUAACGUCAUCAUAAUGAAAGUUGGCAGAAUGUUGGCAGCGCGCAGUUUUUCGAUUUUUUAAUCGGUGAUGAGGGAAAAUUGGUUCCGGUCUCGCAAAAUCGAAACAAUUAAUCGGAAGAAAGCUCUCGUUUGAGCCGAGAUUGAAAUCGGUAUUCGGAAAACUGAGGCGUACGAUGAUCGCUACCUACACGUAGGUAUAGGGCCGUUUCACGAUCUGAUUUCCUCGAAAGCUUUUGGAAAAAUAAUUAGGCGACUUAUUCGGGUGAACAACCGUUAAGAUGACAAAUCAGACGUGUACAUCUCGCGAUACCCGGAUGAAAUAUAAUCCGACGUUCGAGACUCCACUUCUUAUGAAAGGAACGUCGUCUCUCAGGAACCAAUUAGAUUGAUUUCUGAAAUCACUCGAAUCAGAUCUAUUCAGAUAUUCGUCGAUGAGUGGAUGCAUCUGGUUCGAACUUUUACAAUCCAACAUCUUUGAUCUACAAGAAUUAAUUCAUACCUAAUUUCUUACAAUUAACUAAAUUCGGGAACCGACGGAGUCCGAUUAUUCAGGUACCUUUUUAUCGUACUAGAUUUCCUGAGACUUCAGAGUACGGAAAUUUGACGAAAUCUGAUUUUAUUUUUCAUAUAUAUACUUAACAAAUUUCAGCAUCCAUCGAUUCAACAACUCGUAGCACAAUAAUGUUCGCUGUAGUUGUUGAAAAGAGAAAAAUAAAAAUUAAUGAAUCGAUAUAGAAAAAAACUUUACUUGACUCACACAAUGUGAUUUGAGUUAAGACCAAAUCGAACGAAAAAUAAAUAAUUGAAUAAAUAAAUGGAUAAACGGUGAGAAGAAAAAUAUGGAUGCACCGAUCUUCUGACGAUCCAUCAUUUUUCAAGUAAAAAUAUUGCACAAAAAUUAAUUUAGGAACAUUAAAAAUAAUUGAAUAUACGUUCACAUAUAUACCUGUAUAUAUGUUGUAAAUAUUAUUAUUAUUGUUGUUAUUAUAACUAGAAUUCCACUAAUUAAGAUCCGCAAAAUUCUAAUUACCUGCAAUCUAGAUCUCACAAUAUACGUAUAUAGACAAUUUCGUAAUUAAAUAUACGUAUAUCUAGAUGACCAUCUCCAAAUUAAUUAGUCUAUAUUCACCCUUAUACGGGUGUGACGGUACAUAUUAGUUAUACAUGUGUGUAUAGAAACGUUAAAUCGGAAACCUGCGUUUCAUUUUUGUACGCGUGAAUAUAGUAUUACAGGUAUACCAUUAAUCGUUGGGAUAACAAAAUGAUAAUAAUUGUUGUAAUUGUUGUUGUGGUUUGCGCUUACUUAAUAAAGUUUCUAACAAGGUA